AUGACGGAUGACCAGGACCUUCACCUCGGCUCUCUAGACUAUCAGCCCAUACUCAAGAGAGAGUUGAUUGAGAAAGGAACCACCUUCUCUCGACACUACGUAACUGUGGCCAAAUGUUGCCCUAGCAGAGCCUCACUGUUGAGAGGCAUGGCCGGUCAUAAUACUAAUAUAACCGAAGUCAAUGCUCCCGGGGGCAACUGGGACAAGUGGCUGAUAUCUGGGCAGAACGAGGACUAUUUGCCUCACUGGUUAACAGCAGCAGGCUACAAUGCUGAGUAUAUUGGCAAGAUCAUGAACGGCUAUAACACGGCAAACUAUGCUCAGCGGCCUGCAGGCUGGACUCAUAUACAAACCGCCGUGGACCAAUAUACCUAUGAGUAUAAUAACGUCGUUUUUUCACUUGACGGAGAGACACCGGUUUCAUAUCCUGGGUAUCAUCAAUCCGAUGUUAUUCGUGCUAUGAGUCUCGAUCGAAUUGAGGAGCUAUCUACUCAAGACAAGCCAUUCUUCCUCGGCAUAGCUCCAACAUCGCCUCAUAUGGAACUCGGCGGCGGCAAGUGGCCUGUUCCUCCAGUGCGUUACGAGAACGAGUUUCCCGGUCUCAAAGCGCCACGGACGGCGAACUGGAACCCGAAUGACACAUAUCAGCAACAAAAAGCAUCUUGGAUCAAGGGUCUACCACUCCUGAACGAGACCACCAUCGAGAGACUAGAUGGGCUUUAUCGCGCUCGGGCGCAAUCUCUUCUUGGCGUUGACGAUAUCAUUGAAGAUGUAAUCGCCAAGUUGGCCGAGAAGAACAUACUGGAUAAUACUUACAUCAUAUAUACAAGUGAUAAUGGCUGGCACAUUGGAAACCAUCGCAUUUCAGCCGGCAAGUCGCUUCACUACAAGGAGGAUUCGAACGUACCCUUCAUCGUAAGAGGGCCCGGUGUGCCCGCAAACGUAACAUCGUUGCUCCCAGGAGCACACCUUGACCUUGCACCAACGUUUCUUGAUAUUGCCGGUGUGCCCCCCGACGACCUGCGAUAUCCACGGUUUCUUGAUGGGCGUAGCCUCUUGGACAACUGGAAAAACCCGGCAGCUGAACUUACGCAAUGUCCCGUAAACGGAGGCGGGCACGAGGUCAUCAAUGUCGAAUACUGGGGCAUAGGCGAGGAACCAAGUCCCUGGGGCCAGGUCCGUCAUCCCAACAACAGUUACAAGACGCUGCGCAUCGUGCACCCUGAUGGAGGGACGUACUUGUACUCGAAAUGGUGCACUGGAGAGGCGGAGCUGUAUGAAACGGCGUCGGACCCGGGUGAGUUGACAAAUCUCGCACUCAAUGCGGAUCAAGAUGAAGAUAGAAGUAGACUCAUCUGCCGCCUGAACGCUCUGCUUAUGGCUGCCAAGUCCUGCGCUGGAGAUACCUGCCGCAAUCCAUGGUCGCUUCUACAGCCUGAGCCUGAGCGACGCGCUGUCUCCGUGCAGUCGAAUUUGACUAUCACAUGUCUAGAGCAAGCUCUUGAGCCGAAGUUCGACGAUUUCUUUGCCUCGGUUCCUGAGGUCUCGUUCGAAAAGUGCAUGCUGUAUCAGUACAGACCUAAUGAGAUACCUUACUGGCCGGAGAAUGUAGACUUGGGGGAGUCGUUUCGGAAGCCGACGGAUAAUUAUGUCAGUUCGUCGCCGAAGGGAAAAAAGGUCGUGUCACAGGGGCACUUUGGCACUGUUGCUCAGAGAAAUGUGACUUUGAGUGAGAUAUUGAAGACUGCCAAGGAACUUACACCAGAACAGCUUGGGUAA